AUGUAUCAAGGCGAGCCGGCGAUCGACCGUGCCGGCGAUCCGCGCCGGGCGAGAUCACUGCGUCGACGUAGCGCGGCCGCCGACCUGUCCGAGGACACCGACGGCGAGGAGGAGCCUUACGGAGAAGGAGAGGCCUACGUUGUUCUCGAUGUACAACUCCGACCGUCCGACUCUACGACGAGGGUGCGCCGUAACGGCGACUCCCAGAAGAGGCCGGGCAGAAGACGGCGCGGUUCGCGAACGGCGCUCAGGAUAUUUCUCGUCACCGCCGCCGCUGCCUUCCUCACGUUCGCCGUCUCACCAGUGUCUGGAACGACGAAAAAGAAAGAGGAAGAGACGGCAGUAUCUUCGGUCACGGAAGAAACUACCGUGAUCCUGGGCAGGAAGAUCGGAACAGGAAGCGAGUAUAGAGGAAGUAUAGACCUAUUGGCGGCCCUGCAGUUGCACAAUACCACUUACAAUGGCGUUAAACAAGUGCCGGGGGGUCUGUAUAGACUAAAACCAACCUACAAUCUUGACGACUUCGAGAGGGAGCUCCGAUUGAACGAGGAAACUUUCAAACGGGCAAUUGCGCUACUCCGGCGGGUUCCGGAAUUUACUAUAACAGCCACGCUACGCCAGAAUAAGAUGAGCGCCGGAACGAUCGUCGCCUUUUCCCACGGAAACAAUAGAUACUUGGAGCUGCAGAGCAGCAGCCGCAAGAACGAAUUUCGAUUUCAUUAUGUAUCACGUCGCGACGGAAAAGUGUACGUCGAGACAUUUCCCUUUCAUCUGAACGAUGGCGACUGGCACAGGGUCGCCCUAAGUGUAAGCGGCUCGCAGGUCGAGCUGCUGGUCGACUGCCAUCCUCUGUACAGGCGACUGCUAAAGGGUCCACCCGAUACCAACUUUACUCUGCCGCAGCUCGAACUUUGGGUCGGACAGAGAUACAUCAAGCAUUCUCCUUUCAGGGGUGAUUUGCAGGAAGUUCAAUUAAUAGCAGGACCACAUGGUUAUCUUAUCCAGUGCCCUCAACUCGACUCGUCCUGUCCCACAUGCGGUCAAUUUUCAAUAUUACAGAAUACCGUGGAACAACUAAUGUACAAUCUCAACGAGUUGACUCGUAGGCUAGCUGUUGCAGAGGGCAGGAUAAGCAAAGUGGAGGAGUGCGAGUGCCAAAAGUCCUGUAGAGUGAAUGGUACCGUCCACGAGGAUGGCGCAACCUGGUUGAAGGAUUGCCAAGAAUGUUCCUGCGUGCACGGUGAGAUCGAAUGCAGGCCGAUGUCCUGCAGCCCGGCCGACUGCAAGAAUCCUACCAUUCCUGAGGGAAAGUGUUGCCCGGUUUGUCUCAAGCAAUGCUUUAUGGACGGCGCAAGCAGAAUAUACGAUCAUGGAGAAAAGAUGACGCCGAAGCGCUGCAUCGAGUGCACAUGCCAUGACGGUAAUUUCAAAUGUCUGAGAUUCACCGACAGCAAGUGUCCACCACUGCCGUGUCCGCCCAGCGAGCAAAUUAGCGUGGCGGAUGAAUGCUGCAAGUUUUGUCCAGGAGUGGACUACUGCGCGAAGGGCCACACAUGUCAUGCUAACGCGUCCUGCCUGAAUCUCCAGACGACUUACGCUUGCCAUUGCGAUAUCGGUUUCCAGGGGGAUGGUCUUAACUGUCACGAUGUGGACGAGUGCAAACAGCAAGGUGGAUCAAACGGCCACCAUUGCAACGCGAACACGAUAUGUGUCAACGUGGAGGGUUCUUAUACAUGCGAGUGUCUUCCGGGUUACGAUAGGAUCGACAAAUUUAACUGCGCCGAUCUGGACGAAUGCGCGACCGGUUAUCACCACUGCGAUAAGCACGCUACAUGCGUGAAUACUGCCGGCAGCUACUAUUGCAUCUGCAACGAAGGCUAUACUGGCGAUGGUUAUACAUGCAAACCUGUGUGUACCCAAACUUGCCAAAACGGCGGCGAAUGCGUGGCACCCGAGAGAUGCUCCUGUCGACGCGGUUUCAUCGGCAACAGCUGCGAGCUCGACCUGGACGAAUGCGCGAGCGAUCUGCAUCGGUGUCACGACUCGUCGUCCAUGUGUCACAACAUGCCCGGCUGGUAUUACUGUCGGUGCAAAGAUGGUUACAGGCCUGCUCUGCAUUACAGUACCCAGGGUACUCAGUGCGUCGACAUUGACGAGUGCACCGACGUGACAGUUGAGAAUAAGCACACGUGUCACCCUAGCGCCAAGUGCGUCAACAACGAGGGCGGCUACAAGUGCGUGUGCCCGACAGAUCUGGAAGAGUCUGAACAAGAAUGCAGCCUCAACUGCUGGUUCGAAGACCGCGAAGUCAACAACGGUGAGAGCGUCGCGCCGGCCAACAAUUCCUGCAGCAUAUGCACGUGUCAAGACGGCGUCAUCAGCUGUAAGGACCCCGUGUGCGACUGCAGCAUACCGGGAAGUCAUAUGAACAAGUGUUGCCCUCAGUGUGAUCCCAAGGCAUCCUGCAGGCAUCAGGAGCUCCAUCAUCUAGUCUUCAGAAGCAAAGAACGAUGGAUAUACCAGUGUCAGACUUGCGAGUGCAUGCGUGGUGAAAUAGACUGCUGGCCGUUGGAAUGUCCACCGGUGACCUGCUCGGACCCUGUGACUGAGAACGGCGACUGCUGCCCGCGCUGUCACGACGAUCCUUGCGGUCGCGAAGUGCCAACAAACGGUAUCUCGUUGACGGUUCCAAGUCAUCCUCGGCCUUGCAGCUACGCCGGCGUUAUCCACAGCAGCGGCAGCUCCUGGCAGGAUCCUCACGACAAAUGCACCACGUGCGAGUGCAAGGUGCCGUACUGCGCCCAAUUGGACGGGCAGCUUUGCUGCAGCUACGAUUACGGCUGCGCUGACGAUCUGGGUGACAAGAAGCAGCGACGUCCUGCAAACGCUGUUCGUGAGCCUUUCGUACAUCAUCUAUCAGACACUGCGGUCCAGUCGCUGGUCGACGAUUCACCGAAAACAGCUGUACCAGCGGUCACCGGCACACUCGGCACCGCACGCACCAUCACACCCGCCGUCAUCACCUCCGUCGCAAGCACCACCUUCCCCGUCUCGUCGCCCACGCACUACUCAUCAUCAACCAGUAUCAGCAACGACAACACUCGCAAUCUCAGGCGGGAACGUGCAAGAGGCUUGGAUGUGUCGCAGAGCCAACGGUUCGUUGGAAGCUCGACGACGUCGCCGACGGAGUCAGAGCAGUCCACGACGCCGUCGUCGACGACGGCGAGGACGCGAAUGUCCAGAUCGUCGCUGUUGCGACGUAACCAUUCGACAAGCACUGCCGGUCGCCACGGCAAUGCCGUCACCGCCUCUUCCUUCUCUUCAUCGUUGUCAUCGCCUACUCUUGCGGUGGUCCUGGCUUCAACAACCGAGGAUCACGAACAUCACAAUCGAUCGUCCAGGAGUGUCUCUGCGCACAUCCGUCAGCUAGUCGAACACCGUCGCAAGAACAGCAGGAAGUCCAGUGUCCUUGACAGCGCCACUUGAGGACCGUGGAUCUAGAAGAAGAUAGAAAAGGACGAAUCCGAUACAUUUGGCAAGGCAUUCCAGAAAUCCGAGGGAUCUCCCAUAGUCGCUCGAUGCGCGUCAUCCGUCUAUUGUAUCGUCGGCAGAAGAAAGGAAAACGAGAUCGGUACUUUGCGGGAGGAAUAAACGGGAUCAUUGGCGAGAUAUAAUCGACGUGAAGGUGUCACCGCAACCGAAGGAGAUUUGUUUUCAUUUCUAGAACCUGUUUCCGGAAUAAUCCGUGUCUGGUAGUUUCGAGGAGCGAGAUGGUUAACGAUAAUCUUAUCGACGGAACUAGAUCGACGAUCACUGACCUCGACCCUAGUUCUGCUAGACUUCUGCAGGUCCUAACCCUAAGAUCGCCGAUACCGUGGAGCUCGAGUCACUUGAGUGUUUCGCGGACGAGGUGACGUGGUCGCUGUUAGAUCUGAAUUUAGAACAGACUGGAAAUACGGCUAAAGAUAAUACGAAAGCGUCCAAGACGUUCGCUUUUUCGCUUGAAUCGCUCGCUCAAGUUACGAUAACUUUUCUCGCCGAAGUUACCAUCAUCGGACAAACGUCGAAACGCGUCGUUACUAACUCUUCGAGAGACAAUCGGUAUGAGAAUCAUUUUUUAC